AUGCUGGGGGAUCGGAAACCGCUCAUUCCCACAGACCCCUCCGCGGGGGAAGCUGACGUGGCGGAGGCGGCGGCCACGUCAUCCGGAAAUGACGGGUGGCUUGGGGCUAACGGUGCACGUGUUGCUUCUACCGCUGCUGCUAACGGAUGGGCAGGCGCGGGCGCGGGCGCGGGGGCGGGGGCGGGGGGGAAGAGAACCACACUGGCGCGGCGCAUGGGCGUGUGCUCCCCGAUUACCGCCGCGAGUCCGCGAAUCGUGGUUACCUCCGAAGCCGACUUCGUGAAGCGCCUCAAGUAUCCGCGAAAGACGACGGUCCUGAUGACGCUCAAAGCAGACGUGACGCUAAAGAAAGGCCUCGCUUUUGGCCCCUAUUACUCGUGCACGAUUCUGCAAGCGGACGUCACGGGCAACCGUACGAUCUCGUUACUUGGAUCCGAUCAGCCCAUUCUCCGAAUCGUCGAGACUUUCAACGUGAUUGUAUGGGGAAUCAACUUCUGGAUGGGCGUUCUUCCAACUUCCCCUGCUUGCAAGGGGCUACCAGAGCUCGGAUCCGGGGUGGUUUGCCCUACAAUUCACGUGUACAAAUCGUUCGGCAUCCAGAUCGCACAGGGCUACCUGUGGGGGCGACUGGACCUGUAUCGCACGAUGGAUUCGCUCGUCGACGGGAUGGCCAUCACGGGCGAGUUUCCGUUCGAAAAAAGCCCCGGCGCGGUCCGCAUCGCCUUCAGCGGAGUCGGCACGAGGGCGAUCAAGUCGGGGAUCGUGCUUUCGAAUAACGACAUCUACCUCGUCAACACGCCCGUCUACUUGAUCAACGGCGCCGUCGGCGUGCAGAUCGUGAACAACUUUCUGCACCAGUUCACGGGCGACGGCGUGCAGUGCGGGACGCACGUGAACAACGCGGGGAGUUGCAUGAUGACGUUCAUCGCGCGCAACUGGUUCUUCCCCAACACCACCGUCACCGCCAAGACCGACAUCGCCAACAUCCGCUUCACCACGCACUGGAUCAGCCCUGGCAAUGCGGCGUCAUGCAACUACAUGCUGGGCGGCAACAGCUGCUUCAACCUUGAAGCGGACACCACUGGCGUUGUCGUCCUGGGAGGCGCGUGCAUGGGUGCUUAUAACGGAGUCAACAUUGAGAACGGCAAAGAGAAUCGGAUACAGUACGUGUGGGUGAAGGACUACACUGCUGUGCCGGGGUCAGCAACGUGUCCCACAGUGACGAGCAUCAACUGCAACACGGCCACGGGCAAGCUGUGGGAGAGCAAGCGGGUCAAAUACUACAACUCGCCUGCCAUCAACAAGCGCUGGCCCUUCCUGAGCAACAUCUGCAAGGACUCGAGCAUCGGCACGGUGCCCUGCAAUGUCCCCACGGCCGGGUCCUACAAUGCAAAGCAGACCGGCAAGUGCAGCGGCCUCCCGACCAGUAACAUUCUCGAUCUCGCCCUGCUGGACGGCAGCAAAUUCCCGAUGAGCUUCCAAGGCUGUGAAAAGACUCCCUCCGUGCCUACAGUGAACAAGUUCUCGAGCAUCAGGAUGGGCCAGUUUGGCCCGGCUGCGCUGAUCGCAUGCGUGUCGCUGCUCAUCCUUCUCGCGGCACCAGCGGUGAAGCCUGAUGAUGAUUCUCCACGUGAAUCACUAGCUAUCAGGGACGGCGACCAGGACGCGUGGACGCAGCAAUCGUCGCCUCUAUCGCUCAUAGAGGAUUUAUUCCCUACGUCGCCUGCGCUCUCCUCCCCCUAUCGCCUCCUCAAGUCCACCCCCGCCCCCACGAAGUCCUCCGGCCGCGCAAACUCCCCCGCCCGCGCAAGCUCCGUGCCAGCCUCCGACAAGAAGGGCAGCGGCAAGAAACUGCGGCAGUCGGGAAAAUCGGCGUCUGAGGGCGCAACUUCAGCAGGAGCCGGAACAGCCCUCUCGUCGUCCGCUUCCGGGAAGGGGAAGCGGGGGAAACAGGGGAAGCGGGGGAAGCGGGGGAAAAAGGGGGGUGCGGUGAAAGCAAGUGACACGAAUAGUUCGCUGCAGAGCGGAAAGAAAAAUGCGGGGAAGAAAGGAAAGAAGGCGGCCGUUUCAUCGGGCAAAACGGGGUCUGCUGGAGAGAGGAAGAAAGGCGGGCAUAAGUGGCCUCGCGAUGCCACAACGGGGACUUCUGGUGAGAGGAAGAAGGGUGGACAUAAGUGGCCUCGCAAAGGCGCGAAGCAGUCUGGUGUCAAGAAAUCGACGGCACAGACGGCGAAUGGGCCAGUAGCGAAGAAGGCUGCGACGACUUCGCCAGCGUCGGGUAACGCAGGAGGGUCUAAGCGUGGACGAGGCAAGUCUGGAAAGGGGAAGAAGAAGAGACGCACUGCCGCUGCGGCGCCAGCUGACUCCGCUUCAGCCGGCGCAAAGACCGGCGGGAGCAAGAGGAAGCCAGCGUCUGCCAAGCCCGGCUCGCGUGGAGGAUCCGCACCUCACGCCGCAACCCCCGCACGCUCGCCCAAGAAGGGAAAGACAACAAAGCACAGCCAGGAGGUCGGUUCUGACAUUGAAGGAAAAGGGUCGUCGAAUUCCGGCAAGUCAACGAAGCCGCCUGCGUCUUCCUCGGGAGGAAGCGCGCCGAGCUCUGCGAAGGCGCCCAAAGGCUCUGACUCAGAUGCCUCCAAGACUAGCAAAGCGCCGAAGCCGCCCAGCAACCCAACUAGCAGCCCAAAGCCCACCAAGGAUAAGAACUCGGAUUCGGCCAAGGCUGAUCCAGGCUCGGACAAAUCAGGCUCGGAUGCAACGCCUUCUCCUCCCGCUUCUCCCGCCAAGCCAAGCAAGGGGAAGAAGGACAAGCCACCGCCUCCAGCAGACACGAGUGAGAGUGAACCUGCCAGCCCGCCUCCUGCCGCUACUGUGCCGAAGAUGACAUGCGAGAUACACAAGGGGCAGCAGCUGAUGGUGAUGGACGGAAAUCUCUUCUUCACGGGGAAUGUGGAGAAGUGCGAGGGUGCUUGUAUCAAGGAUUCCUCGUGCCUCAUGUACACCUUCUCCGGACUCAGCUGUCAACUCUUCACGGCUAAUAUGACUGCCAGGCCUGUCAAGGCGUGCUUUUCGCGAAAGUGCCAGUGGGGUAAGUGCAGAGAUACAGAGGGAGAUGGUAGUGAGGAGGACAGUAGCGGAGAUGGCAGCUCUGGCGGGGAUACUGGUGGUGCAGAUGAGAGUGGGGGAGGUGAUCAUGGGGGUGAUUCAAGUGGAGGUGACUCUACUGGGGAUGACAGCACUGGUGACUCCGGCGAUGAUUCCGGCUCGGAUGGAGGGACCAUCGACUACGGGGAAUGA